CGGAUCUGCUAUCCAAUGCGCCCCUGCCCGACAUGCCACCCCCCAGCCCAGGAGAGGAGCUAUGGGUCUGCCUCCCCCCCUGCUGGCACAGAGUCCACUGCAACCAUGUCUGACACAGAAGCUGAUCAGGUCGAGGAAGGAGGAGUUGUGGAAGUAGAGGUAGCUCCAGAGGUUGCCCCGGAGGCCGAGGCAGCUCCAGAACCAGAGGCCGAGGCUGUGGCCGAGCCCGAGCCCGAGCCCGAGGCAGCUCCCGAGCCCGAACCUGAGCCUGAGCCUGAACCAGAGGCAGCUCCCGAGCCCGAACCUGAGCCUGAAGAAGAGCCUGAGCCUGAGCCUGAGCCUGAGCCUGAAGAAGAGGCUGAGGUAGAAGAAGAGAAGCCAAAGUUCAAACCCCCCACGGCUCCCAAAAUCCCUGACAGCGGCGAGAAAGUGGACUUUGAUGAUAUCCAGAAGAAGCGUCAGAACAAGGACCUGAUUGAGCUCCAGGGCUUGAUCGAUGCCCACUUUGAGGCUAGGAAGAAGGAGGAAGAGGAGCUGAUCGCCCUCAAGACCAGAAUCGAGAAGCGCAGAGCUGAAAGAGCAGAGCAGCAGAGGAUCCAGGACGAGAAGCAGAAGGAGCGCCAGGCCAGACGUGAGGAAGAGAAACAAAGGAAAGCAGAGGCAGACGCCAAAAAGAAGGCUGAUGAGGACGGCAAAAAGAAAUCUGCUCUGUCCAGCAUGGGUGGAGGCUAUAGCAGCCACUUGCAGAAGGCAGACCAGAAAAGAGGCAAGAAACAGACAGAGAGAGAAAAGAAGAAGAAGAUCCUGGCCGACAGACGCAAGCCCCUCAAUGUUGACCAUCUGGCCGAGGACAAACUCAAGGAUAAGGCCAAGGAGUUCCAGGAGUGGCUGAGGACUCUGGAGUCGGAGAAAUUCGAUCACUUGGAAAGUCUGAAGAGGCAGAAGUAUGAGGUCACAACACUGCGCAAGAGAGUGGAGGAACUCAGCAAAUUCAGCAAGAAGGGAGCUGCAGCCCGCCGCAGGAAGUAAAGGACAUCGACCAGACCUUCAUCUUCUUCAAUAUCAUCUGUCACCACAGCUUAAUGCACGGAAAAGAAAGAAAUGUCAUACCUUGCAAUUUCCCCAUUUCUCUUUGUGCUGUCUUGCAACAUGUCACACAGGUUGCUGUCAAAGAGAAAUACGUUCUCCUAGGCUACUUUCCCGUAGGCAGUUCUUAAGCAUUCUUUUUGUCGUGUAAAUAAAGUGAACCACUCCAUCUUUGUCUGUAGAUCUCGAAUUAUUUGAAUCCAAAUAAAGUAUUUUAUUUUCAUCCAUGUCCAUGGUUUGAACA